UGAGUUGCCUGCAGUGGCUGUGUGGUGGCGCGCACCCUAGUUCAUCUUUCAUGCAUGGACUGUAAGCUUCUAUUUCGAUUUCGAUAAAUUUCUUAAGACGGAUGGAGUUCACAACAUUCUAUGACAGAGACGCAAAAGUUCACUGGAAGAUAACAGUAGAUCCUGAAACGGGUACUUGAGAACUUACACUGAAAAAAAAAAAAAAAAACGCUUCACACGUCAAUGGCAAACAGUACUGGCAGGAGCACUGGAAGGGAUGAGAUUCCAUCUCGGAUCCUAAUGGGAUGUGUCUUUGUGCUGCUUAUUUUGUGGACGCUAUUUGGAAACUUCACCGUUUGCGCAGCAGUUUUGCGAUUCCGACAUCUGAGAGUCAAAGUCACAAAUAUCUUUAUUGUUUCCCUGGCUUUAUCCGACCUGUUGGUGGCCGUAUUGGUGAUGCCCUGGAAGGCGGUCGCUACGGUCUUGGGUCACUGGCCAUUCUGGAAAUUCUGUAACACAUGGUUGGCUUUCGACAUCAUGUGCUCUACAGCUUCCAUUCUUAAUCUCUGUGUAAUUAGUCUGGACCGUUACUGGGCCAUCUCCAGUCCGUUCACAUACGAAAGAAACAUGGACAAGAAAAUAGCCCUCAUUAUGGUCAGUAUGACAUGGACCGUGUCAGGCGUCAUCUCGUUUGUCCCAGUUCAGCUUAACUGGCACAAGGCAGAGCAAGAGACAACUGAAGUGGUGACAAGCCAAACUAUUGAUAACUGUGAUCCGAGUCUUAGCAAGACGUACGCUAUAUGGUCCUCGAUGAUCAGCUUCUAUAUUCCUGUGGCUAUUAUGAUUGUUACUUACACAAAGAUCUAUCAGAUUGCUCAUAAGCAAAUACAAAAGAUAUCCUCUUUAGAACGCGCCGCUGAGCAUGCUGUUAACUGUACAUCUAGCGAGUUUCCUUGUCCCCACCCGAAAGCAGUAAAGUUGUCAAAAGAAACCAAACUCCUCAAAACGUUGGCCAUCAUAAUGGGUGUAUUCGUGUGCUGUUGGUUCCCUUUCUUUGUCGUGAAUUGUACGGUGCCGUUUUGUCAGGAGCCACAGAAUGACGAACCAAAGUGUGUGAGUGAGACGACGUUUGAAGUGUUCAUGUGGCUUGGAUGGUGCAACUCAUCUUUGAAUCCGAUCAUUUACGCGUUCAACACGGACUUCAGGGAAGCAUUCGCACGCCUUUUGGACUGCUGCGGCGUCUGUGGCAGCGAACCACCGGGGACACUGGUCAUGAGCCAACAUGCGUCCAACAAUCAGAACAGUUCGUUGAACCUUGCUGUUUCAUAUGUUAACAUGGGGCUGUAUAUUCAACCUGCGUAGAGGUAAUAUACUGCGAUCCCUAUCCCGAUGUGAACAUUUCCCCAGAUAGGAUAAUUUUAACUUUUCAGCAGUAGGCCUACUGUAUGUCAGUGGUAAACUUUAUACAUCCUUUAUAAAGUUUAUCGAGGAUCAAUUUAUGCGCAUUUGGAGACAGCAGGAAGUCACCAACAUCGUAGGCUACCUGCCCCAUGUGGAGCAAUAGUCUAUUCUAUAAGCACACCCUUAGCAAUAAAGUUUUCAAAAAGAAUAGUUCUUCGUUCCAGUUCCAAUUACGGAAAAUCAGUCGUUGAACUUGAAUGGGACUGUUGUGCCCGGCGUUUGCCUACCGCUUUACUGCAUCUUUGAUGUUCCAUUAGCAUUCCCAGUGAUGCAGCCUCUUUGCGAGCCGAGCCCACCUUCAUAAAUAAUUGGCUAUUUCACUUUUAUGAAAGGGUCGGUGCUUCUGUUUCACUGAGCGCAUACAGAGAGCCCAGUCAUGCACUGUGUCAGAGCGGAACUUCCGUGAGGUCGGGGUGUUUGCGUUGUCUUUGUUGACAUUCAUGGUUGGAUAUUGGAGAGCACCUCAGAUGACGCCUGAAUUCACAUACAUUGCUUUUUGCUACCGGGCUACAUUUUGACAUGUAAAAUCAUUCCAAACACAUGCUUGGGCAGCUUUAACUGUGAUCUUUUGAAAUAUGCAUGAAAAUGUCUUUCUACAUUUCUAUGGGUUACAGUGUGCAUUGAACAUGUGAUUAAGCGAAACGGGCCUUACAGAGUGUUGUUAUUUAUUCAGGAUCAGCCAUUUCGGUGUCAGAAGAAGAGACAUGAAUAAACCAUGCAGAUUACUAUUUUUGUGCAUGUGUGUGAAAUAAAUUAUGUUGCA